AUGGUUAGUUUAUCAUCAGUUUCCCUUGCUUGUCGCUCUCUCUCUCUCCCACAUGUGAGGUGUGCGUACUCCCCCACCCACUCGGUUGCCAUGGCACACACCAGAGACCUGAGCCAUACCGACUUCAGAGGAUCCAUCCCGGAAACCAUCAGCAAUGCCAAGAGCCUGCAGUACCUGCGCAUUGGGAUGCCCCAGCGACUUGACUACCUUCCUUAUGCAUACCUCAACGACCCUCUUCUAUCUAUUGAGCCGUACUUACCUUUCCCUGUGAUGCAAGGCUCUAUGGACGACCUCUCCUGUCUCGCUCCACUCACUUUCCUCCAGAACCUCGCUCUCAUGAGUCUCAACCUGACUGCUGGAGAUUUCCCUUCCUCUCUCUCUGCACUUACUUCACUCAAGCACAUGGUGUUCGUUGGCUUUCCCUGUGCUUCCCUGCACCAUGCUGCCCUGCGCCAUGCUGCCCUGCGCCAUGCUGCCCUGCGCCAUGCUGCCCUGCGCCAUGCUGCCCUGCGCCAUGCUGCCCUGCGCCAUGCUGCCCUGCGCCAUGCUGCCCUGCGCCAUGCUGCCCUGCGCCAUGCUGCCCUGCACCAUGCUGCCCUGCGCCGUGAUGCCCUGCACUGGGAUGUCACCGGAAACUUAACCGUCCGCCGCUCUGCACCAUUCCCCACCGAGUGGAUGGCGCUCACAAGGCUGGAGACGCUGCGGGCCGGUCUGAAUGGCUUCACUGGUUCUGUCCCCUCCACCAUCUCUGCCCUCACCGCCCUCACCAUCUUGUACACCUCCCCUUCCCAUCCUCUCUCCUCUUCCUUACUCUCUCCCUUUCCCAUCCUCACUCCCAUUUUCGUCCUCUCUCCCCUUCCCAUCCUCGCUCCCCUUCCCAUCCUCUCUCCCCUUUUUGUCCUCGCUCCCCUUCCCAUCCUCUCUCCCCUUCCCAUCCUCUCUCCCCUUCCCAUCCUCUCUCCCUUGACUUCCUCUCUCCCCUUACUUCCUCUCUCCCCUUACUUCUUCUCUCCCCUUCCUUCCUCUCCUUCCCGUCCUUCCUUGGAAACCUCAGUAGAAAUGCAGUGGGAGCUCUACGGGAACAACAUCUCAGGAAGCAUUCCUGCUGGCAUCAGCAAGCUGUUAAGAUUGAAUUACCUGUUUCUCGGCUUUAACAAUAUCACCGGCGCCGCUCCUGCCACUCACGCAAACCUCUCAUACUUAGACCUCUCCUGCAAUCAACUCACGACCAUGCCUUCUGCCAUCAAUGCCGUGCAAGUCUCCAUGGCCCACAACCAGCUUCAAGGUCCUCUUCCUUCUGUCCUUGUUUCCUCCAAUCUCGCUACUCUUGAGCUACAAGGCAACGCAUUCUCUGGCUCGCUACCCAACUUUGAUUCGUGGAAAACCCCUUACCUUCACAUAGU